AUGACACCUCCAGGUGAGAGCGCCUUGCACAUCGCUAUCGUGAUAGGAGACAUGGAGUCGGUGCAGCUUUUGGUGCAGGCUGGUGCUGACGUGAACCAGAGAGCGACCGGCCGGUUCUUUUUGCCCGAGGAUCAAAAACAGGGCUACACCGGAACGACCAAUUAUGACGCGGGUAGCAAUCCAUAUGUGCGGGACGGCAGCGGCAGCGGCACAGCAGCGGGACGAUACUGUGUGUGUGUGUGUGUGCAGGAAUUCUGGCGGUUCAGCACCACCAUGUGCUCGGCUCACCCCUUGCGGACCCUGGACUCUAUCGGAACAGACGGAAGCACAAACUGGGACUCGGCUCUAAUGAUCAUCGUGAACGGAGAGAAAGACGACCAUCUGGAGAUGUUGGAGGGAGGCGUGAUGAGACAGCUGCUGGAUGAGAAGUGGAAAACCUUUGCUAAGGACCGCUUCAUCGUCCGUCUCAUCGUCGCCAUCUGCCAUCUCAUCGUGUUCAGCGUGGCCAUCUACACCAGACCAGCAGGAACCGAACUCCUGUCCUACAGAGGGCCAGUGGACGCGGUCCGGUACACAGCUGAGAUCAUCGUCUGUAUAAGUUGUCUCAUCACCGUGUUCUACGAGGUCACAGAAAUCAGCACACAAGGGAUAUCCAGCUUUUUCAAAAAUUGUGUAAGUUUAGAACCGUUUGUGGUUACUUUUGUAUUUCCUUUUUUCCUGCAUAGGUUUUUUGGCUUGAGUGAAGCUUGCUUUUCUCUCUCUGUAGAGAAGUGUGUUCCCUUCACCCUGGCCAACAUGACACACCUGAGACAGCUGACACGCCUGACUCACCUGACACGCCUGACUCAUCUCGCACACCUGACUCACCUGACUCGCCUGACUCACCUUACAAUGGGCCAUCACGUCACGGGCCCAUUUGUCACCAUGAUCUACAAAAUGUGUGCCGGAGACUUGCUCAGAUUCGCCAUCAUAUAUUGCAUUUUUCUUGUUAGCUUUACUGAAGGUUUCUUUUUCCUCUUCCGGGAUGUGAAGCUGGAGAAGGGAGUGACAACCGGUGAGGAGGAAAAGUUCUCCUCCCUUAUAGAGACAGUCCUCUACCUCUUCCAGAUGACGCUCGGAGAGUUCAAGGUAAUGAUCAAUCACUUGUGCUUCCAGUAUGAGAUCUUCAACUACUCGCACUACGCGGCGCUGACCAAGAUCAUCUUCGCCCUGUUCAUGAUUCUGGUUCCCAUCCUGCUGCUCAACAUGCUGAUCGCUAUGAUGGGAAACACCUACACCACGGUCAUCUCAAAGUCCAGCAAGGAGUGGAGGAAGCAGUGGGCCAAGAUUGUGGUUGUGUUGGAGCGCGGCAUCUCGCCAAAGAAGUUGUUGAACUUUCAGAGACAGUACUCCGUGAGGCUGGGCGGCCCGCCUCCUAGUGAUGAGGACCCCCCUCUCCCUGAAGAGCGAGCACUCGUGGUCAUCAAGACCAGCAGCAAGUCCAGAGCCAAGACUCGCAAGACGGCCAUCUACCGCUGGAAGGCCCUGGGCAAGGAAGUGAUUCGUCAGCUGCGAGCUAAGAAGAAGUCUGGUCAGCCCUUCCAACUGACGGAGUCUGUCCGGAAAGGUUCGACCCUCAACAUCGAGGAUGAGCAGAAGGGUAUGGACCUGCUGACUGACACCGUGUCGCAGCUGGCCUGGGCCAAGGACAUUGACCUCACCAAAGGUCAUCAGUUCAUCAGCGACCCCGGCGUGAUCAGCCCGCGUUCCCCAACGCUGAGUUUGAACCACCCGUCCACAUCUCAGAGACGUGAGCCCGCGGAGCGUGCCUUCUCCCUCACCGAGCAGGAGACCGGGAUGGACCGGCUCUCCAACACCAUACAGCAGCUGGCCUGGACUAAAGACCUCGAUCUGACCAAAGGUCAGCCUCUCAUUGCUGACCCAACAGCGGGAGUGCCCGCGUCACCAUCUCUUGUCGUCCCUCCGGUUCCUUUGACGCCCGUGCCCAACGGAUCUACCGUGAAGCCAAAGCCGAGCCCGGAGACAGAUUUGCGACAGAGAUUGCCUGAUACGCCUUUGAGUCAGAUCAAGAAGAAAAAGAAUCUGAACUACAACCGUGUCUCACCACUACUUAACCCCAGGAACUUAGUGGGUACUGUUUAUUCCGGUAUUUCUGACGACGCGUUUCAAAGAGACGCCUCCCGUGACAUGACAAAUGAAGUUUUUACGUUUCCUGUCACGAGAUCAGAAGACAGCCACUCCUCUCAGAGAACAGAAUCUUCCGAAAGACAAGGCUCUUCUUCCAGGAAUGCUGCCGUUUCUGAGGAGUCUAAAGGCCGCAUAAUUCAAUCUGAAUUCUCCCUCUCAGCGGACAGCUCUUCUGCCAGUGAGGUCAAACCUGAGGUUACUUUCCCGAAAAGAAAAUCAAAGCACACGUCUCUUCGCACCACUGGGCGAAGCCGUAGUCAUGGAGAGGGGUUGGGUGAGGGUCAGAGGCUAAAGGUCACCGAUGAGACGAGAGGUACGGAGGUGGAAGUUAUGAGUUCCACCUCUAGCCUCAAAGAAGCCGCCGAUGCUCCGAGUGUCGUGUCCAGCACUCACGAUAUCGAAAUCCAAAGUGAAAUCAUUGACCCCAGUGCGGAUUCGAACCGAGAUCUAGAGUCUACAGCCACAGGGUCCUCCAGUGCGACCACCCCCGUCACUAGUUACUGGUUGGAUAAAGAAUCCCCUCCAAUCGAGGCCAGCCCAGUGCGAUCUCGCAAGCCGUCAUCGGGGAAGAAAGGCAAAGGCAAAAGCAAGAAGAAGGCUGGUUCUCAAUCGUCUUUGGUCACUCUGCUGGAAAGUACAAGCAGCAAAGAAGACGCCGUUUGAUGAUCAUCGUAAUGUGUUGGAUUCAUUAUCAUUCACGCAUCAAGCAGAAAAAAAGACCUAUAUGGACAAGUUCUGUGAGCAAAUUAUGUUCAACUUUAGCCUCAGCUGCCUUUUCCUGUCACGCACAGAAUUUCGUCUCAAGACUCUUUGUUCUAGCCAAGUUGUGCUGGAGCAUGGAAAGUUUUUCUGUUCAAGACACCAACACUUCGUUACCUCAAAAUUACAAAGUUCUAUCUUCUCAGUACCUAGUUUUGAGAAAUUUGACGUACAAUAUUUUGAGUGGUACUCGUAUGACCUUAGUAUGCUGUUGUGAGCGCCGUAAAACCUUACUAAAGCUAAAAAGUAUUUCAAGCUUCACAAUAUGUGUCGAGCUUUUUGUAAUGCAGUUCUUUUAAUAUCUUGAAAACGACUCCGGAUAAUCUUAUGAUUUUGAUAGAGCAGAUGGACAA